AUGGCUAGCACCGUCUACCUGCUGCCCCUCACGGACGGCGGCGCCCCCGAUGUGCCCGGCACCUACAUCUACCUGCCACCCCCCACCGAUCCAGCAUACACCAUCCGCUUUGCCAUUGAGGGCACAAGCUCGAUAUGCCGCGAAGGCAGCCUUUGGGUGAACAUCCCCGCCGAUGGCGAGGAGUUCCAGCGGGAUCGCUUCCGCGAGUUCAAGCUCCGCCCCGACUUCAAUGGCACCAUUGAGGUUGACUGCCCUGUUCACAAGGCUGGUGCCUUCGCCUUCUACUCCACCUUUACUCCUCUGCCCGACUUUUCGCCUUAUCCGGUUGCCACUCCAAAGCCGACGAAGACGCCCACAUACUACAUCGACGUCUGCCCCAGGCUUACGCUCAACGACCAGCUGAUACACUUGGAUUCGCUGUCGAUCUUUUCCGUCAUCUCCAAGUUCAUGGGCAAGUACCCCGAGGACUGGGACAAGCAUCUCCGCGGCAUCAGCCAGAGAGGCUACAACAUGAUUCACUUCACGCCUUUGAUGAUGAGGGGAAACUCGAACUCCCCAUACAGCAUCUACGACCAACACCGCUUCGACAAGGGCCUUUUCCCGAACGGUGAGAAGGACAUUGCCCACUUGGUCGGCAAGAUGGAGAAGGAGCACAAGCUCUUUGCGUUGACCGACGUUGUCUGGAAUCACACGGCCAACAACAGCAAAUGGCUCGAGGAGCACCCUGAGGCUGGCUAUAAUUGCGAGACUGCUCCUCAUCUCCGAUCGGCCCUCGAGCUCGAUGACGCUUUGCUCGACUUCAGCUCCAAGCUUGCCGACAAGGGCCUCCCGACAGAUUUGAAGAGCGUCGACGACUUGAAGAAGGUCAUGGACGCUGUCAAGUCCGACGUCAUUGACCCUCUCAAGCUCUGGCAGUUCUAUGUUAUUGACGUCACGAGAGAUUCCAAGGAGGUCGUCAAGGCCUGGACAGAGGGCGAAAUCACGUUCCCCGAAGGCGGUUUCGGCAACCUGGGCGUCGGUGGCCUCGAGGAAGUCAAGAACUGGUCCCUGAAGCAGAAAGCUGAUUGGCUUGCCCAGCACGCGCUCUCCGGGGGGGACAGGCUUGGCGCAAGGUUUGAGCGAAAGGUUGACGCGAGGACCGGCGCUGCACUUCUGGCGGCUUUGUUCGGCCGCUAUGACAGCCAAAACCACAGCACUCCGGACGAGCGUGCUGCGGAGGGCACCAUUUACAAGUUCCUGGAUGAGAUGAACCUGCAGUUCUACCGGGAGUUUGAUGGCGAUCUCGCAACAAUCAUGGAACAGUUGCAUAACCGCAUCAAGUACGUCCGUCUCGAUGACCAUGGCCCCAAGCUCGGUCCCAUCACGGAACGAAGCCCUUUGAUCGAAUCCUACUUCACAAGGCUGCCCAAAAACGAGACCACCAAGAAGCACAACCCAGAUUCUCUCGCCCUCGUCAACAAUGGUUGGAUUUGGGCUGCUGAUGCCAUGAAGGACAAUGCUGGGCCACAGUCUCGCGCCUACCUCCGUAGAGAGGUCAUCGUUUGGGGCGACUGCGUCAAGUUGCGAUACGGCAACGGUCCCCAGGACAAUCCAUUCCUUUGGGAAUUUAUCGCCAAGUACACUCGCCUCAUGGCUAAGUACUUCGUCGGCUUUCGCGUUGACAACUGCCACUCAACUCCCAUCCACGUGGCUGAGUACAUGCUUGAUGAAGCACGCAAGGUCCGUCCUGACCUAGUUGUCGGUGCUGAACUAUUCACUGGUUCCGAGGACAUGGACUUCGUUUUCUGCAAACGCCUUGGAAUCAGUUUCCUUAUCCGAGAAGCUAUGCAGGCAUGGAGUACGCAGGAGCUCAGCCGUCUUGUUCACCGCCAUGCUGGAAUCCCAAUUGGUAGCUUCGAACUUGAUGAAGUCAGCAACGCAGAUGCGUCUACCCAGACAAAUGGCGCAACCAAUCGCGAGGUGGUCCGAAGAAUCAGACAGAGCCCUGUCCACGCCCUCUUCAUGGAUUGCACGCACGACAACGAAGUGCCAGCCCAGAAACGCGAUGCUCGCGACACUCUGCCCAAUGCUGCACUCGUGGCUAUGUGCGCCUGUGCAACCGGCAGUGUCAUGGGAUACGACGAGAUUUAUCCCCAGCUCAUUGAGCUUGUCCAUGAAACCCGAUCGUACUCGUCGCCCUACUCCAUCUCGGGCGAACUCAAGGUCCAAGCUGACGAGGGUGGUAUUGGAAACAUAAAGAAGCUUCUGAACCAGAUCCACGUCCUCAUGGGUCAAGAAAAUUACGAUGAGACGUUCAUCCACCAUGACAAAGAGUACAUCACUGUCCAUCGUGUGCAUCCCAAGACCAGGAAAGGAUAUUUCCUGAUUGCGCACACUGCCUUCCCAGGCUAUGGAGAGGGUAACGGCGGCUUCCCGCCGGUUCAGUUACCAGGAACGCAAGCAAGUCUCAUUGGAAGCUGGUCCCUCGAGGUUGAGGACAGCCAAGACAGCAAGGCUCGUGUCAUUGGUGACAAACGAAGCCUUCGUGGACUUCCCAGCCGUACGAAGAAUCUCCAGGGGGUCAAGAUCGAGUCGUCAGACGCGGAGACGAAGAUCACCAUUCCUGACUUCUUCCCGCCCGGAAGUAUUGCCCUGUUCGAGACGUCGGUCCCAAGCUGCGAGCAUUCCGACGGUCUCGACGUGUUCGUUACUAGUGGUGCUAAAGAUGCUUUCAAGGAGUGCAGUCUCCUCGACCUCAACCAUAUCUUGUACCGCAGCGAUCCUGAAGAACGCGACUACAGCGGCGGGAAUGAUGGGACCUACACCAUUCCCGGCCACGGCACCCUUGUCUACGCCGGCCUGCAGGGCUGGUGGAGUGUCCUCCGUGACGUGAUACGCUACAACCAGCUGGGCCACCCUAUCUGCGACCAUCUGAGGCAGGGUCAGUGGGCGCUGGACUACUGCGUCGGCCGUCUUGAACGUCUGGCGAAGUUGCCUGGGUAUUCGAAGCUUGAGGGCCCUGCCGCUUGGAUGAAGGAGCGGUUCGACGCCAUUCGCAAGAUCCCUAGCUUCAUGCUGCCUCGAUACUUUGCCAUGACCAUUCAGACAGCAUACAACGCAGCGGUCGACCGAUCCAUUGAGGAGUUGAACGACAACGUCCGCAACGGCCAGAAGUUCCUACAAAGUCUGUCACUUGUCAGCAUCCAGGUCACUGGACAUAUGAACAAUGCUUCGCUGUGGCCCGAGAAAAGUGUGCCGAGCAUGGCCGCAGGUCUGCCGCAUUUCGCUUCCGACUGGGCGAGGUGCUGGGGCAGAGAUAUUUUCAUUUCUCUCCGUGGCCUGUAUCUUGGCACUGGACGUUACGAUGACGCCAAAGAGCACAUUCUGGCUUUCGCGAGCGUCAUCAAGCACGGCAUGAUUCCUAACCUGCUCAGCAGUGGAAAGCUUCCGCGCUACAACUCUCGCGAUUCUGUCUGGUUCUUCCUGCAGAACAUACAAGACUACACGAAGAUCGUCCCCGACGGCCACAGUCUCCUCCAGGAGAGUGCGAAGAGGAGAUUCCUCCCAUACGAUGAUACUUGGUUCCCCCAUGACGAUGCCAAGGCCUACUCUCAGUCUUCGACCAUCGAGGAUGUCAUUCAGGAAUGCUUGCAGAGGCAUGCUUCGGGCAUGUCCUUCCGCGAGUACAACGCCGGCCCGGAUCUCGAUCGCCAGAUGAAGCCGGAAGGAUUUGACAUUGAGAUCCAUCCCGAUUGGAAGACUGGUCUUAUCUUUGGCGGCAAUCAGUGGAACUGUGGGACGUGGAUGGACAAGAUGGGUGAGAGUGAGAAGGCUGGCAACAAGGGCUACCCUGGAACUCCUCGUGACGGAGCGGCCAUCGAGAUCACCGGUAUGCUCUACAGCACUCUGAAGUGGGUGAAUGAGCUCCACACGGCAGGCAAGUACAAAUACGACGGGGUGGACAUCGACGGGGGCCGCAUUACCUUUGCCGAGUGGGCAGCCAAGAUCAAGGAGCAUUUCGAGUGGGCCUACUACGUUCCGCGGGAGGCGUCGGAGGACAAGGAUUACGACGUGAACACGGACAUUGUCAACCGUCGGGGCAUCUACAAGGACCUCUACAAGUCGGGCAAAGAGUACGAGGACUACCAGCUGCGGCCCAACUUCCCCAUUGCCAUGACUGUGGCUCCGGACCUGUUCGACCCGGAGAAGGCGCUGUACGCGCUGCACCAGGCAGACACAGCGCUGCGCGGACCUACCGGAAUGGCGACGCUGGACCCGUCGGAUCUCAACUACCGGCCUGACUACAUCAACAGUGACGAUUCGACAGACUUCCACACGGCAAAGGGACGCAACUACCACCAGGGGCCGGAAUGGCUGUGGCCGACUGGCUUCUUCCUCCGUGCGCUCUUGAAGUUUGACUUGGUCCGGCGCAAGACGCCAGAGGAGCGUGUGGAAACGUUCCAGCAGAUCACGCGUCGUCUACGCGGAUGCAUGGACGCCAUCAAGGAGAGCCCGUGGGCGGGCCUGACGGAGCUGACCAACAAGGGUGGAUCGUUCUGUGGUGACUCGUCUCCCACUCAGGCAUGGUCGGCCAGCUGUCUGAUCGACCUGUACCAGGACGCGAAGGAGCUUGGGGAGGAGUUUGCGAAGUCGGAGUAA